CGGCUCUGCGGCCCGCGAGGGGAGGGGCCCGGGCCCUUCCCACCUGCCUCUCUCGAGUCACACACUGGUUUUUAAACAACACGGGGACCCGUAAGAGGCUCAGCGGUGGAGUGCAGUGUCCUCUAGCGAGAAACGGGGCAGCUAGCCAAAAACGGGGCAGCAUUAGGGACUCGGCGUCGAGCACGAAGGGAAGCAGCGACACAGCCACAGCCCCGCGCUGAGACACCGCGCAGAGGGCGGGACGCACUCGCAGCCCCUCGCCGCGGGGCGCGGGCAGGAGCAAGCCGGCGUUACCUGGCCCCCCGGCGCGGAGAAGUCCACCACGCCCCGCAGGUCGGACACGUCGCGCUGCCGGUAGAAGCGAAAAAGCCGGCGAAACGCGUCCUCCCCACCCUCCCGGGUCAGUGCCGCCGCCGCCGCCAUUUUGGGCCGGCCGAGGCGGGCGGUGCUGCCGGGGCGGGGCGGGGCAGGCGGGGCCCUCCUUCCCCCUCACCGCAGUCCCGACAUGGCGGCGGCCGGUGCGGCGCGGGCGUUUGGGCGCCGUUCCCGGCAGCUCUUCGACAUCUUUGUGGCUGAGGUUCCCUGGACAGUGUCGAGCAAGGAGCUGAAGGAGUACUUCUCCCAGUUCGGGUCGGUGCAGAGGUGCCAGCUGCCGUUCGACAGAGAUACAGGCUUUCACAGACGUUAUUGCUGGAUUAAAUUCUCAACUCCAGAAGAUGUUCAGAACGUGUUAAAGAAGGAUUCCCACAUACUUGAAGGUUCCAAGCUCACUCUCAAACAGCAGACCCGCAGAAGACGCAGUCAAAGAAGGAAUCCAAGGGAGUGAGUGGUGGAAGGAGGCUUUAUUUCACUAAAUGUAAAGAAACUAAAAUAAAGAUUACUGAGAAACUA